GAGAGAAAAAACGCAGCAUAACAUUCAGUAAAGAAGUAGAGUGAGAGUGCAGUGCAGGUCUUAACGACGAUUAAAGCCAUGAUUGAACGUGAUGUACAGCGCUUGACCACCUAAUAACAGCUCAGAAAAGUCCUGCAUACAAUUCAGAAAGUGGAAUGAGUUAACCCACUGAAAGCCGAAACCGUGUGUGCCAAGCAGUGAGGGGAAUAACCGCUGUCUGACAUGGCUGGGUUUUUGGAUAACUUUCGCUGGCCGGAGUGUGAGUGGGUGGCAGACAGGCGAAAUACAGUGGCAUCCAUCGUGGCUGGCAUUCUGUUCUUCACAGGAUGGUGGAUAAUAAUUGAUGCGGCAGUGUGUUACCCAAGUUCGACGGAUUUGAAUCAUGCCUUUCACACAUGUGGAGUCUUCUCUACGCUGGCUUUUUUCAUGAUCAAUGCUGUGUCAAAUGCCCAGGUCCAAGGAGACGUGUACGGAGAGGGAUGCCUUGGACGCACAGGUGCUCGACUGUGGCUGUUCAUUGGCUUCCUGAUAAUGUUCAGCUCUCUCAUUGCCUCUAUCUGGAUCCUGUUUGGAGCCUAUGUCAUCCCGGGUAAUUCUGUGUAUCCUGGAUUGUCUGUGUUCUUCCAGAACACAUUUAUAUUCUUCAGCUCUCUUGUCUACAAGUUUGGACGAACUGAAGAGUUAUGGAGCUAAGCAGUGCUGUCCAAGUCCUUCUCCCUCAACCUAGCAUCCUAUAUGUUUGCACCUGUGUAAUUUUUUCAGCACUUUGUUCCCUUUGCUCUUUGUCUGAGCUCAUAGAGAUUUGAAUGAAUGCUGAACUACUGUUGCUGCUUAGUAGAAAUGAAUUGUAGAUUGACUAUGUUCUUCUAAAUGUAAUGCUGAAUUAUUUUGUAUAAAGAGUUAUAUAUGGAUCUUCUAGCUUGUGUGUAGAAAUAUAGUCAUGCUGUACAGGCUGCUGUAGUGUAAUGGGGAAUUCUAGAGUCAAUAAUAUUUGUUGGAGUUUAGAUGUUCAUUUUAGUUGUUUUUAGAAUAUUUUAACAUAACGGUUUAGGAUCUUGCGUCAGGUUCUUUAGGACUUCAGGACUUGCAUUGAUUAAGAGAGACACAUUUUUAAGAUACAUUAUAUAUACAUUACCAUUCUGCUUGUAAUAAAUAGAUAGCUUUUUGAUCUUUUUAAUGAAGAUCAAAUGAUUGAGCAAUAAAUAAUGUUUUACAGCCUA